UAACCAGCGCGGAUGGUACAUUUUGCCUUUGAAAAGUGACAUAUCGAGGUUGAAGCGAGCGAGCGAGCGAGCGAGCGAGCAAGCAAACGUACGACAAUGCACGUGUCAGUGAUCCUCGGCGUAGUGUUGCUACAGGCGAUUUACGUGUCCGCCGGGCCACCUGACUGGAUCCCCGCGGAAAUGUUGGAGAUGGUUCAAGCUGACAAGGAACGGUGCAUGGCCGAACACGGAACGUCUCAAGCGAGUAUCGAUGAAGUUAACGAUGGGAAGCUUUCGAAUGACCGGAGUAUAACGUGCUACAUGAACUGCCUUCUCGAUGCCUUUAGCUUGGUCGAUGAAGAGGGUAAUUUGGAAGCUGACAUGCUGAUAAGCGUUAUCCCAGAACAAUUUCAAGAGAUAGGUAACAAAAUUUUGAACAAAUGCGCUAAGCAAGACGGCGCAGAUGCAUGCGAAAAAAUCUACGAAAUAGCGAAAUGCGUCCAAGGAACUGUACCAGAGUUGUGGUUUAUGGUUUAAUUCGACACAUGGGAGAAGAAUUUACUCCACAAGCACAUGCGACGAUGUUCUCCGAUAUAUCCCGCGCAUAACGUUACGAAGUAAAACAAUUCGUUCGUGGAAAAUAAUAAAGAAGAAAGAAGUAGCAUAUAGGGAUAUACGAAUUACGUAAAUUUUAAAAAUGUGAUUUGUAUAAUAAUAAUAAUAAUAAUAAGUAAUUAUUAUGAACACGCUGUGCGGUCUAACAUGAAUAAAAUUAGUAGAAAAUAUUAAUGUUUGAUAUUAAAAUAUUGGCCAAGAUAUAAAUAUGCAUUGAAAUUAAAUCAAAUCCAAGCAAAUUAAAGGGAGGGGUAUGAGAUAUCGAUGCAUAAUCACGAGAUAUUUGUGUGUCCAUGUUUAAUUAAAUAAUUUUUUAUGAUUUUAUUCGCCUUUGAUUCUAGUAUACCAUUUGACUUUCUCACUGUUCGCAGAAUCGCGUGUAGGGUGAAGCGGGGUGUGUCAAAUUAAUUAAAAAGGAUUCGUUACAAAGAGUAAAUUAUAUAGCAAAGUUAAUUAGGUACAAUAGUUUCUCGAGAGAAAA